AUGCAACAACCAAACAGCAACAAUGUUGGGAUAUCUUCUUCAAGCGUUCCUCAUCACAACCAAAGUGAAGAGAUGUAUGAUCAUCACGAUCGGGAACAUCCGACUCUUGAAGAGGACAUUCAAUUACAUGGAGCCCCUCAACUAAAGAAGAGGAAGAACAACAAAAAGAAGAAGGAGAGAAAGAAUGAAUGGAAUCCAGUCAAAACUCCACAAAGAGACAUUGAAAAAACAAACCAAAUGUUUGAACAAUACUAUUUCAGUCAUCAAAAGGUGGUAGAAACGGAAGAGGAGCUGAAUGAAAUGUUGAAUACCUUCCGUUCUCCAUUGCCAAAUACAUUCCGAGUGAACCAAUCCAUUCCGAAGCAAUACCAAGAAAAGUUGAAACAAAAGAUUAAACUCUAUGCUGAGAGUAUCAAAAGUAUAAGAAUUGAUAACUCUGCCAUCUCUCAACUUUUGUACAAGUCUAGUACAGAACCUGAAAAGACAACCGAGCCUGAAUAUGCCUCACUAGAGCCUGUUUCAUUCAUUUCUGAUGAAUCCAUUUGGCAAAUGUCAGACAAAAUCACAAAAGAAUUAUUAAGAAAGCAACCAGAACUUGCUCAAUUCAGAGACUUUUUAAUGCGAGAAACUGAAAAGGGUAAUUUAAGCAGACAAGAGGUUGUGAGUAUGCUUCCACCAUUGAUGUUCACAAAUUGGAAACCAUCAGAUAAGGUGUUAGAUAUGUGUGCUGCCCCUGGCUCAAAAACCGCUCAGUUAGUUGAGUUAUUAUUUCAAAGCAGUGGUGGAGAUUCAAAAAAUAUUAGUGGAUUUGUGAUGGCGAACGACAAUGAUGUCAAGAGAGCUUAUCUUUUGGUUCAUCAACUUCAAAGAUUGAACUUUUUAUUCCCUCAUUUGAUUAUUACAAAUCAUGAUGCCACAAAGUUCCCGCAAUUCAGUAGCGAGCCAAAACUUCAGUUCGAUAAAAUUUUGUGUGACAUUAUGUGCAGCGGAGACGGUACCAUUAGAAAGAACCCAACUAUAUGGAAUCAAUGGAAGCCUAACAUGGGACAUGGCUUACAUAAGAUGCAAGUAGAUUGUGUUUUGAGAGCAUUUGAGCUGUUAAAAGUAGGAGGAGAGAUUGUGUACAGCACAUGUGCUUUAAAUCCAAUUGAAGACGAGGCUGUGGUUGCUGAGGUAAUACGAAGAACCAAAGGAAAGCUAGUAUUGCAAGAUCUUUCUUCAAGAUUUCCAACUCUAAAAUAUAAGCCUGGUAUGACAACAUGGACAGUUACAUCAAAGAAGGGUGUGGUCAUUCCAACUUAUGAGGAUGCCUUAAAAUUAAAUUUAGAUAAUAGAAUUGUAGAAAGUGAAUUUCCAAAGGAAGACGUAAAAAACAUGAACAUGCAUUAUACAAUGAGAAUUUUACCACAUCAAAACAAUACUGGAGGGUUCUACAUUGCUCACUUCAAGAAAAUAGGAGAAUUAGACGAACCAAUCGUUCAAAUUAGCUCAGAUACACCAAAAGAAAGGAUCAAACAGUUCAAGGGAAGAAAUUUACAAAAGGAUACAAUCCAAUCAAUGGAUCCAGAGAAACUCAACUCCAUUUUAGAUUUUUACGGAUUUAAUAAGAAUGCAUUCACAAAUGAACAAUUUUGUUUAAGAAUGUCAGAAAACUCAACUGGCACCGAUGGAGUAAGGAAAGUAAUGUACAUUUCUCCAUCUGUAAGACAAUUUGUUGAGCAAAAUGAGAAAGAGAAUCAAAAAUUUAAUAUUAUUAAUUGUGGUAUUAGAGUUUUUGAGAAGAGCAAAGCUGACUUUUUGAAAUGUCCGUACAGAAUCACUCAGGAAGCAGCAUCGCUUAUUUGGAAUAACACUAAUGACACCAGAAAAGUUGAACUGAACUUGAAUAAUUUCAUUAACUUUUUAGUUGAGUACCAAAUAUCAACGGAAUCCAUCAACGAAAAUGGUCAAUCGCUUGAAGCGGAGAAAAUAGCAUCCAUGCAGCCAGGUGGUGUCCUAGUGAAAUUAAAAGAUUGUGAGGAGAGCAGCCAUGACGACAUUUUUGCCAUUGGAUUUAAGGGUGAACACACGCUUUCGAGACAUGUUAAAUUCGAACAUGUACCAGUACUUUUGAAAUCUAUUGGAUGUACUCUUGAACCAAAAAAGAAAAAGGAAACCAAGGACGGUACUGACGUCCCUCCUGUAGAUGAAGACGAAACUACUGAACUCAAAGGAGAGCAUGGUGAUGACCAAUAA